AUGGGUGUUGCAGGGCAGUCUAGGACUGUAUUUGGAGCUAUGCUCCUCUGGGGCUUUCUUGGUCCCCUUGCUUUGGUUGUGGGUGCUCAGGGUAGUGUUCUUUCUGAUCCUACCCUGCUGGCUUGUGGCCAAGAAAGCUUGCAGCUCACCUUACCUCCAGGCUGGGAGGGGAAUGCUUCCUUUAUGCUGACUAUUUGGGAUACUGAGGGGAGGGCACAUGCUCUGCAGAAUGACCCUAACUGUGGGCUUUUGGUAUCUGGGACUCCAGAUGGCUCCAGGAGAGUAUUGGUCUCUUAUACUGGCUGUUAUGUCUUUGAAUGGGAUGGCAAUUACCUCAUGCUGGUUGGGCUUGAAGGAAAAGAUGCAGCUGGACAAAAGGCUCUUCAUGAAGAGAAGCUGCUCAGGUGCCCUGUGGACCUUCCUGCCCUGGAUGCUCCAAGCAGUAGUGUCUGUUCAGCUGUCCUCAGCCAAGACCGGCUGCCAUGUGCCUCCUUUCCUGUCAGCCAGGGAGACUGUGAAAUGCGAGGCUGCUGCUACGACCCUAGGGACAGGGUGAAGCCCUGUUACUUUGGUAACACAGUGACAGCUCAUUGCACACCUGAUGGCCAGUAUUCCAUUGCUGUAUCUCGAUAUGUGACCCUGCCACCCAUUAUCCUGGACUCUGUGCAACUGACCAGUGGGCACAGUACUGGCUGUGUGCCUGUUGUGAAAAACGAUGCCUUCGUUGUGUACCAGUUCCCACUCUCUGCCUGUGGCACCACUUUUCAGGUGACUGGAGACCGGGCCAUAUAUGAGAAUGAGUUGGUGGCAUCCAGGAAUGUGAAGAGUGGGAGCCUUGGCUCUGUCACUAGGGAUAGCACUUUCAGAUUACAUGUCCGCUGCAGUUACUCCAUCACUGGGAGCUUCAUUCCCUUGAGCAUUCAGGUCUUCACGUUGCCACCGCUCCCUGCUGUGUCCCAGCCAGGUCCUCUGUCCUUGGAGCUGCGUGUUGCCUCAGAUGGAAGCUAUACUUCCUACUAUACUGACAGUGACUAUCCUGUUGUGAAAACUCUGAGAGACCCUGUUUAUGCAGAAGUCAAGAUCCUUCAGAGAACAGACCCAGACCUGGUUUUAGUCCUGCACCACUGCUGGGCCACACCAACUAUCGAUCCCCAGCACCAGCUGCAGUGGCCUGUUUUGGUGGAUGGGUGCCCUUAUGCAGGGGACAACUAUCAGACACAGCUGGUGCCUAUGAGUCUUGCCUCAGGACUACUGUUCCCCUCUCAUUACCAGCGUUUCACCCUCUACAUGUUUACCUUUGUGGACUCCACUUCCCAAAAGAUGCUCUCUGGGCUGGUCUAUCUGCACUGCAGUGCUUCAGCGUGCCACCGGUCUGUACAGGAGUCCUGCACCACUAGUUGUCCUGUUAGAGCCAGGGGUAAAAGGAGUGCUGAGCAUCCUCUUCAGAACAGUGCCUCCCGUGUCUCCAGCAAAGGUCCUGUGAUUUUCCUUCAGGAUGAACUAAGAUGGGACACAGCCAAAGAUGGCCUUGGAGCAGCUGUGCGUGCUGCAGUCCCCUGGGCUCUGGAGUUUGCUGGGGCAGCUGUGUGCAUGGUGCUUGUGGCUGCUGUGCUGUGGCGAAGGAAGGGUACCUUUAACACAUGAAAUCACUGUAUUACAAUAAAGUGGCCGUCAAACCCGCCUGGUCCGUGGGACUCCUCCCUGGCACAGAGCACAUGGGGUUGAACAGGAGUGUGUCUUGCAGAGCCUGGCUGUAAGCCUUUGUUUGCAAGGCAAAAAAUUACCCUGAUGGAUGUGAGACUACUUUCCAAAUGCUGUUUCUCUGAAUCCAUCCACUUUCUGGCUAUUCUGCUCUGGGGUUAGUGUUAACUGUCUUCUGCUUUCAAGAGGGAGCCCUUGUAAUGGCCUGUGUUCCUGGGAAGCUGCAGCCUGAGACGGGAGCGACGCUGGGUGGUGUCUGCAUUUCUGUCAGUGGCUAAGGUGGCCUUCAAAAGUACUCAUCUUGCCUCCCCAAACACUGAGUAGAAUUGCAGAAAAACUAAUUAAAAGCAAAUCCUGCAGCUGCUGCUUCUUUGGGGAUGCAGAGCUGGUAUUUGACUGUGCAGAGGAGCUGGAAAUUGCCCUUGAGCUCACUAGGUAAGUCAGGGCUGUCUGUGCUCAUGUGGCAGACUUGGAGGCAGGGGUGGCAAAGCACUACACAAGUGGGCCUUCCUAAUGAUGCUGUAUGUGAGCCUACCUCUCUUGCUCUGGAAACACAAAAGGGCAGGUGGGAUUUUUUUUCCUGGAGGAUGAGAAUGGAGAAACUUCAUUCCAACUGGAAAAAUCAAAGGGCCUAGGUGGUUUGAACCUCAGGAAAAAAGUCAAACUUGAUUUAAAGAUUAAUCUUAGACCUUUAUGCAAAAGCAGACAGUCUUCAGAGCUCUCAGAUUAAAGCUUAUUUGACACCAUUGUUGGCAUAACAGUGCCAUGGAUGUGCUUUUUUUAAGAUGAGAAAUAAAACUUGCUGUUCUGAGCAUUGGGAGCAGUUCAGUGUGGUAUGGUCAGUCACAGCAGCUGAGCAGGAUCAUUCUUAGCUUCAUGAAGUCCUGGGCAAAAACAGUCCAGCAAACCUCUCCUGAUGGUGGAGGGGGAAAGGGGCUCCACCCCCCCACCCCCUUCUUGUCCAGGCUGGGGGAGCUCUGGUGCUUGCAUUCACACUGAGGUCCCCUUACAGCUGAUGGGUUAGUCCUUGAGCAAGUGUAUUGGAAGGGAAGGAAAAAUAUUUUUUUCUUUCCCCACAUGCUUGAUUAGAAAUUUCACGCUCUUAAAAAACAAGGGAGUAGACCUAAUCGUACUGCUUGGGGGCCUUUAAAGGGGAACAGCAGCUCUUGUAUAUGUGUGUUGUGGUUUAGCCGCAGUCAGCAACUAAGCACCAUGCAGCUGCUUGCUCACUCCCCCCACCCCAGUGGCAUGGGGGAGAGAAUCAGAAGAGCAAAAGCAAGGAAACUUGAGUU